AAAUAAAUUUAUUUAUUUUAUUUAGUGAUGCAAUAUAGGCUUGCUUAUAAGCCCAUCAAUAAUGUUGUAUACUGUAAAGUUAACUCCUGCUGGCUGGUGUUUAGAUUUAGAGGUUUUUUCAAGCAGUUACUGUAAUAAGUAAAAUUUGACAUUGAAAAAGAGAGAGAGAAUUUAAAAGGCUCUGUAGACCCUAUAUGGUCCCACUCAAUCAUAAAAUGCAAUAUUAAAUUUAGAAGACAAUAUAAAAUAAAAUAAAACAAGCAAAGACGCCAAGUUUGACUUGAUGAUAUUAUCAGACAGCAAGUAUGGAUCUGAAGAAGAUGAAAAAGAAUCUUGCUUAGACAUCCAAAUCAAAACCAUUUCCGCUCUUCCCUCAUUUCCAUGGCUGAAUCAUUUGUGUUUGAUAUUGCUCAUUCACUGUUAGGAAAACUUGCAUCUUAUGCUUAUGAAGAAGCUUCUCUAGCCUAUGGUGUGUAUAAAGAUCUCCAAGGGUUCAAAGACACUCUCUCAAUUGUCAGUGGUGUAUUGUUGGAUGCUGAGUGCAAGAAGGAUCAAAAGCAUGGGGUGCGUGAAUGGCUGAGGCAGAUUCAAAAUAUAUGCUAUGAUGCUGAAGAUGUAUUGGAUGGAUUUAACUUGCAAGACAAGCGAAAGCAAGUUGUGAAAGCUUCUCGAAGCAGACGGGUGAAGGUACGCCACUUCUUUUCUUCCUCUAAUCCACUUGUUUUCCGUUUUAGGAUGGCACGUCAAAUCAAAGAGAUUAGGGAUAGAAUGGAUAAGGUGGCAGCUGAUGGGGUCAGGUUUGGUCUUACAAAUGUUGAUCCCGGACUCGUUGUGCAACAAAGAGAAAUGACAUAUCCUCAUAUUGAUGCUUCAAGUGUGAUAGGAAGAGAAAAUGAGCAAGAUGAAAUUAUCAAUCUUUUGAUGCAGUCACACCCUCACAGCGAUGGUGGUGGUGAUAAUAGUCUUUGUGUCAUUCCAAUAGUGGGAAUUGGAGGUUUGGGGAAGACCACCAUUGCAAAGUCGGUGUUCAAUGAUAAGAGGAUGGAUCAACUUUUCCAGUUGAAGAUGUGGGUGUGUAUCUCUGAUGAUUUCAACAUCAGAAAGAUCAUCAUUAAUAUCAUCAACUCUGCCACCACUUCCAUUUUUACUUCAUCUUCCGCACCAUCGAGUGGCUCUGCUCAAUUAGAAAACAUCAACAACUUAGAUAUUGUGCAACUAGUAAGUCGUCUCAGACAAAAACUUUCUGGUCAAAAGUUUUUAGUCGUGUUAGAUGACGUAUGGAAUGAUGAUCGUGCAAAGUGGCUUGAAUUGAAAGAUUUGAUAAAAGUUGGUGCACCAGGAAGCAAAAUUAUCGUGACAACACGUAGUAACUCAAUUGCUUCGAUGAUGGGUGAUGUUCCUCCAUAUCUUUUGAAAGGUCUUUCUCCAAAGGAUUGUUUAUCUCUGUUUGUCAAAUGGGCGUUCAAGGAAGGCGAAGAAAAAAAAUAUCCAAAUCUAGUAGAGAUCGGAAAAGAAAUUGUAAAAAAGUGCCAAGGGGUUCCGCUAGCUGUGAGAACAUUAGGAAGUUCUCUCUUCUCAAACUUUGAUAUAAGCAAGUGGGAAUUCGUUAGGGACUCUGAGAUGUGGAAUUUAGAACAAAAGAAAGAUGGUAUUUUACCUGCGCUAAAAUUAAGCUAUGAUCAAAUGCCAUCAUAUAUGAGACAAUGUUUUGUUUAUAUUUCCCUUUAUCCCAAAGAUUAUAUCUUCCACAGAACUGUAAUGUGCAGUCUUUGGGUAGCCCAUGGAUUAGUUCAAUCGCUACAGGGAAGUGAAAAGCUGGAGAGUAUUGCAAGAAAAUAUAUUGAUGAGUUGCAUUCAAGAUCAUUUAUUCAGGUUGUAAGGGACUAUGGCUCCUAUUGUAUUUUCAAUGUACAUGAUUUGAUACAUGAUCUUGCAUUGUAUGUUUCAAGAGAAGACUUUGUAGCGGUAAACUCGCAUACUCGGAAUAUACCUCAGCAAGUAAGGCAUUUAUCAGCUGUUGAAGAUGAUUCACUUGACCUUGAUUUGUUCCCAAAGUCUAGAUGUAUGAGAAGUAUAUUGUUUCCCAUCCCAGGAUUAGGUCUUGAAACUGAAAGUCUUCUGAAUGAAUGGGCGUCAAGGUAUAAAUAUUUGCGUUAUUUAGAUUUAAGUGAUUCUUCAUUUGAAACUAUGCCCAACUCAGUUGCAAAAUUAGAGCACUUGCGUUUUCUUGAUCUUUCUUUUAAUAAAAAAAUCAGAAUAAUACCAAAUUCUAUUUGCAAACUUCUACAUUUACAAGUUUUGUUGCUCAGUGGGUGCACGAAGCUUGAAAGUUUUCCUAAAGGAUUAGGGAAGCUAAUCAGCCUUCGCCGUCUGAUCCUAACCACAAAACAAUCUGUUUUUCCACAUGAUGAAUUUGUAACCUUAGUCCAUCUUCAAAGUUUGAAUUUUCAUUAUUGUGACAACAUAAAGUUUUUGUUUAGACAUCAACUCCCUUCCAUUGAAAAAUUGUCUUGUGACUCAUGUGGUUUCCUAGAGUCGUUACCUCUACAUAUUUUCCCUAAAUUACAGACUUUGUACAUUAAAAACUGUGAGAAGUUAAACUUGUUGUUAAACAACGAAAGUCCAAUCCAAACAUUGAGGAUGAAACAUUUGUAUCUUCUGUGUUCCUUAUCGCUUGUGACAUUACCUGAAUGGAUUGUAUUUUCCAUGGAGACUUUAGAGACCUUGGUAAUCGAUAGUCUUCCUAAUCUAAAGAUGCUUCCAAUGUUUCUGUCUACAAUGACUCGUCUUAAGAAACUCUACAUAAUUGACUGUCCUCAACUGUUGAGUCUUCCAAGUGAUAUGCAUCGCCUCACCGCCCUUGAAGAAUUGUGCAUAGAAGGUUGUCCUGAGUUGUGCAGAAAAUGUAUGCCCCAAUCUGGUGAGUAUUGGCCUAUGAUUGCUCACAUCAAAACGAUUUCCAUUGUAUAACCAACAGGAGAGGAGGCGUAAUGAAGUCAUCAAUCUUGAAGAUGAUAAAACUGGAGUGGGAAAAGGCAUAUGCACUUCAAGGAUCACAAGAGAGAGCAGAGCAGUAGUCGAUGGCGAUGGAAAAGAUGAAUGCCAGCAUGAGGCUUUAGAUUCUCUAGAUGUGUAUAUUAGCAUAUUUUUUUAAGUAGCCAAAUAAUUGAAAAUGAUUAUUCUCUGUCAUCCUUUAUUUUCAGUACUCUAAAACAUCUUUAUGUGUACUUAGCGUUUUGUAUUUUAUUAUAUUGAAUUUGAAGGUGAUUUAA